CCAAGAUAGUGCAGCACAUGUAGCCCCCAAAGACAAAUAAAUAAGUUGAUAAAAAGUGAAAUAUGACAAGACGGGUAAAUACGGUGAGUCUCAAAUGUCACGAUAACAAAAUCACGUCAGUGAGAACAGUUUACCUUAGCUCGCAGAAAAAACAUGACAUAUUAUUUUAUAAUUAAUUUGCCUGGGUGCGCUAAUUCGGCGACAAAACAGAAAUUAUUAAUAAUUUGUUAGCGGGCUAGUGCGAAUUGUUAACACAUUUUUGUCCUUAUAAUGUCGCCUCGAUAAGUGUCGGACUAGUGAUACGUUUACUGUGGGUGAUUUAGUUUCUUUAAUAUGAAUUCGCCAGAGCUUAAGGCUAAGCUGCUAGUCGACGCUAAGCUGCCUUCUAUUCUUCCGCCUUUGCCGACGAAUGGCCAGCUAACUCCGGGGAUAUAUUAUGGAAGUUACCCCUCCACGCCCAGCCAAAAGAGCAAACGAUCCUUCAGGCUCAAUGCCGCGCGGAGGAUGCGGAGACGCGCCAUCUUCAAAAACGGCGACUGCAACAUCCUACAAUCUCGAAUUUCAAAACGACGACUCAGGUACCUCCAAGACAUCUUCACCACACUGGUGGACUCCCAAUGGAGGUGGACGCUGACGAUAUUCGCGCUAGCGUUUUUGGGAUCUUGGCUCAUAUUCGCCCUCUUCUGGUGGCUCAUAGCCUACUCACACGACGACCUCAGCGAAGAGCACCUGCCGACUCAUCAGGCUGAUUCCAACUGGACUCCAUGCGUCCUCAACAUCUAUGGGUUCACGUCGUGCUUUUUGUUCUCCAUAGAAACGCAACAUACUAUAGGCUACGGAGUGAGAACGACCACCGAAGAGUGCCCGGAAGCCAUCUUCGUCAUGUGCUUCCAGAGCAUCGUGGGCAUGAUCAUCCAGGCCUUCAUGUGCGGUAUAGUGUUCGCGAAAAUGACCCGCCCCAAACUACGAACUCAAACCCUGCAGUUUUCCAAAAACGCUGUGAUCUGCCAACGCGAAGGCUACCUCAGCCUCAUGUUCCGCGUGGGAGACAUGAGGAAGAGCCACAUCAUCGGAGCAAGCAUCCGAGCCCAGCUCAUCUGCUCCAAGAAAACCAAAGAAGGAGAAGUACUGAAUAACUUCCAGACAGAACUGACCGUCAACGCCGACGGUUGCGACGGAAACCUCUUCUUCAUCUGGCCCAUGACCAUCGUCCACAGGAUAGACGAAGACUCGCCGUUUUAUCAGCUGUCUGCUGCCGACAUGUUGCAGGACAGAUUCGAAAUUGUGGUGAUAUUAGAGGGGACUAUAGAGUCUACGGGACAGACGACGCAGGCGAGGUCGAGCUACUUGGCCACUGAAGUGCUGUGGGGCCACAGGUUUGAACCCGUGGUGUCUUACAAUAAAGACAGACAGGGGUACGAGGUGAAUUACUCCAAGUUCGAUAAUACUGUAACCAUUGACACUCCUUUGUGUUCUGCAGCAGAUCUAGCUGCGUUUUAUAAGGCUCAGGAUAUCCAAGAGCAACGGUCUGAAUCAGAUAAAGGUUUUCCUGAAGAAACAAAUCCACAAUCGUCCUCUUAUUUCUACCUAGAACCAGCACCGCAAGGAAAACCAAAAGAUGGUGGCCUAAGUCCACCGGAAAUUUUUGGGAAUCAUGCAAAGGAAGAACAGAUCUGUCAAACUUUCGAGUUUCCGGAACCUAUCACACCAUUUGAAAAUAAUUUCAACUUUCCCAAAAGAACUGCGAGACGAGGCUCUUUACCUGGAUUUGUGAGAAGUGCUAGCAAAUAUGACUUCGUGGAGAAAACUUACUAUGAUGUACCGGAAGAAGAAGACGAGGAUUGCACGAAACUUGGAGAAAGCCAACAUUGGAGAAUUUAAAAAAAGCUUGGUACAUACAAAACAAAAUGUAAUGAUAACUAUUCAUAAAUAAAAUACUAGAUAA